UACAAAUCUACCGACAUUAUAACUUACGUCCCUUUCAAAAAUUUAUUAAUUUAGCCAAGGCUCCUCUGGCAUUGUCUGAAUCUGCUUCCUUGUGUGAAAAUAUCAGUGGAUUUCACUUGACUUCAGUUGACUGGAUGACUCUAAGGUGCUCGAGGAAUGUUCUGAGAGGCAUAACAUUCUACUGGCUGCUGCAAGCUCAGUAGUGAAAUGGAAAAAUUGUUGAGUGUUGUGUUUAUAUCUUCAUUUUACUUUUUCCUCGCAAUGCGGGCUUUAGCUGCUGGACAGCAGCUCCUCCAAGACGAAGUGGAAGCACUGAAAGAGAUAGGGAGAAAGUUGGGGAAGAAAGAUUGGGAUUUUAGCAAGGAUCCAUGUAGUGGAGAAGGGACUUGGACUGCCAAUCAUGUAAAAGGCUUUGAGAGUUUUAUCACUUGUGACUGCUCUUUCGAUCACAAUACUACUUGCCGUAUUGUUGGAAUGGCAUUGAAAGGACAGAAUCUUACUGGAGUAGUUCCACCAGAAUUUACCAGGCUUCGCUACCUUAAAAGUUUGGAUCUUAGUCGCAAUUGCCUAAGCGGUUCUAUACCUCUUCAGUGGGAAAAUAUGCAAUUGGCUAAACUGCUUUUAAUGAAUAACAGAUUAUCUGGUCCAUUUCCGGUUGUCAUUACCAGAAUUACCACUCUCGUAAACCUGAGUCUUGAAGUGAAUCAAUUUUAUGGGCCCAUUCCUUCGGAAAUUGGACUCUUAGUCAAUAUGCAGAGACUUGUUCUCUCAUCAAAUGCAUUUACAGGAAACUUACCCAUGGGAUUAGCCAAGAUGACUAAGUUAGUUGAUUUGUGGUUAAGUGACAACAACUUCACAGGAAAGAUACCAGAUUUUAUCAGUCAAUGGAAACGAAUCGAAAGAAUAUUCAUGAUGGGUUGCUCCCUUCAGGGGCCAAUCCCUUCUUCUAUUUCUGCUCUUACAAACUUGACUGACUUGAGGAUCACUGAUUUGAAAGGUGAACAAUCUCCUUUUCCUCUCAUAAGCAAUAUGAAGUCCAUCAAAGUACUGAUACUGAGAAAUUGCUUAAUACAGGGUGAGAUCCCCGAGUUUCUCGGAAACUUGGCAACAUUGAAGACUCUGGACCUCAGUUUUAAUUAUUUGACUGGAGAAAUUCCUGCAUCUUUUGCCGGUCUUGCAAAAGUUAAUUAUAUAUAUUUGACUGGAAAUAGACUUACUGGACAAGUUCCUGAGUGGAUUUUAUCAAGAAACAAGGAGGAUGUAGACUUCUCUUAUAACAAUUUCACAUUGGACAACUCUUCUCCGAUUGAAUGCCAACGGGGGAGUGUAAACCUUGUGGAGAGCUACUCAGCAGCAGCUACUCAGUUUGGUGGAGUUAACUCAUGUUUGAAGCAAGAUUUUCCAUGCCAGGAUACAAGACUUCAGUAUUACUCACUUCACAUUAAUUGUGGCGGCCAAGAAAUAACUAUCGAUGAUAGGACAGAUUACGAAGCUGAUUUAGAAGCCAGAGCAAUGUUUUAUUCGAGGGAGAAUUGGGCUUUUAGCAGCACCGGGAACUUCAUGGAUAACAGUGUUGAAUCCGAUACGUACAUUAUGGCCAAUAGCUAUGCUCUACAUAAUUUCACUGGCCCUGUAUCAGAACUCUAUAGAACAGCUCGUGUAUCUCCUCUCUCUCUCACUUACUAUGGUCUUUGCCUCAUGAAUGGAAACUACACGGUGGAACUUCACUUUGCUGAAAUUGUAUUCACAAAUGACAGUACAUUUACCAGCCUUGGCAAGCGAUUAUUUGAUGUCUAUUUGCAGGAAAACCUGGUAUUGAAGGAUUUUGACAUUGCAGCUGAUGCCGGUGGGGCUGGGAAGCCCGUUAUAAAGACCUUCACUGCAGUAGUUAAAAACCAUACUCUGAAGAUCCAUCUGUACUGGGCAGGACGAGGAACGCAAGCCGUCCCAGACAGAGGAAAUUACGGUCCUUUGAUAUCAGCUAUAUCAGUAGACCCCGAUUUUAGAGUUCGCCACAAGAAAGUUAAAUCUGUUAUGAUGGCUGGGAUAUUAGCUGGAGCAGUUUCUGUUCUCCUUCUCAUUCUAGGUAUCUUGCGUAAGAAAGGAUUCCUUGGAAGAAAAAUCUCUGCUUAUAAAGAGCUUAGAGGCGUUGAUCUACGAACAGGUAUGUUCACGUUAAGACAUAUCAAGGCCGCGACUGGGAACCUUGAUCCAGCUAACAAGAUUGGUGAGGGUGGUUUUGGUCCGGUUUACAAGGGUCUAUUAUCAGAUGGAACCAUAAUAGCAGUGAAGCAGCUCUCGUCUAAGUCUAAACAAGGAACACGGGAAUUUGUCAAUGAAAUAGGAAUGAUUACUGCAUUGCAACACCCUAACCUAGUAAAGCUUUAUGGAUGUUGUGUUGAAGGAAAUCAGUUAAUGCUAGUCUACGAGUAUCUGGAAAAUAAUAGUCUGUCACGAUCCCUUUUCGGGGAUAGAACAAUGAAAAAACUGAAGUUAGACUGGCCGACGAGAAUGAAGAUUUGCCUUGGCAUAGCUAGGGGAUUAACUUACCUUCAUGAGGAGUCGAGACUGAAAAUAGUCCACAGAGACAUCAAGACUAGCAAUGUUCUACUCGACAAAGAUCUAAACGCAAAAAUAUCUGAUUUUGGCCUCGCAAAGCUUCACGAGGAUGGAAACACACAUAUAAGUACAAGAAUUGCUGGAACUAUAGGAUAUAUGGCUCCGGAAUAUGCAAUGCGUGGUCAUCUGACGGACAAAGCAGACGUGUACAGCUUUGGCGUCGUAGCCUUGGAAAUAGCCAGCGGCAAAAGCAACACAAGCUACAUGCCAAAGGAAGACUGUCUAUAUCUUCUUGACUUGGCCUAUGUUUUGCACGAGAGAGGUAGCGUGUUGGAGCUCGUUGAUCGGGAGUUGGGGCACGAGUACUCGUCCGAGGAGGCUACGGUGAUGCUCAACGUGGCCCUUAUGUGCACGAACGAAGCCCCAAGUCUGAGGCCAAUGAUGUCUCAGGUGGUGAGUAUGCUUCAAGGCCAAACUGCUGUCCCGGGUCCGGUCUCCGGUGCCGGGUUAUCGACCGGUGAUUCGAAAUUCAAGGCCAUAAGAAAGCACUUCUGGGAGAGCCGCAGUGUAAGUCAGAGUUCGACAACAAGUACUGGUGCGUGUUCCGAUUCAUUCGUGGCAAAAUUAGACAGGGGUGAGAGUGAUAUUGUUCAAACAAAUGCACAAAACAAGCAAUGAUUAUUUACUACUUUAUAGAAUACUUGAUUUAUGUCUCAUUCCACACUUUGUAGAAUAAAGCUCAUGCUUUUCAGCAUUUGUAAAACUAAGGUUUGUAUGCAGAUUGCAGUUAAGUUCGUUAACUAACAGAUAUAUGUUGACAUUUUCUUUCUAACCA